GAGCAGUUAGGAAGUAGCACCGCAGUGAAUACACUGUAAUUCUGACCCGUGUUCCACUAUUAGUUCCAUUAGUCUAUUACAGCCCGCAGCCGUAGAGCCGCUUCACCACUGUCGCGCCGCAGAUACACUCUCUUUUCAAAUCUUACCAGCAACAUUCAUUAUCUAUUUGCCUGCGCAGUGCAAUGGAUUUUUAACCGGGCUUUCUACCUAUCUAAUAUCACAGAGCAGCAGAGCCUGCAGUGACCGGACAGGCAGCGGUACACCAAGGUACCAAUCAAUACGACUGGAGACUUCAGAGAAAGGAUAUAUAUAUAGUUGCCUAUAGCUGCUACGAGGAAAAACGUCGCGGAGAAGGAGGCUGGAAUUAUGAAGGUUUGCCACCAUGUCUAAGGCCACAGCGAACAAGCUGCACUGGCGUUCCAAGGUGCAGGAGAGUUUUGUUCCCCUGGGAGACGGGUCUGGAGAGCUGGGUGUUGCCAUCGGGGGCGGCGCUGACUACGGAGAGUUCCCUUUCGUCACCGCAGCACCGGGAGGCGGGACCACGGUGGGUGAUGUCAUACUGGAGAUCGGGGGUACGCCCGUCCUGGGCAUGACGCUAGGAGACGUGAGAGGGGUCCUCAACUCAUGCCCUCAUCCCAUACGGAUUAAAACGGUCUCUCCAGGCUCUACUCUGUGUAAGGACCUGAGGCUGUACCUGAGCAAGUGUUUCACUCCAGGAUCCAUGGACAGCCAACUCCAGCAGGUGAUCAGGGAGAAUCUGUACCUCAGAGCCGUCCCCUGUACGACCAGGCCUCCUCGCCACGAGGAGAUAUCAGGAGUGGACUACAAUUUUGUCUCCAUAGAAGAGUUCUUUUCCCUGGAUGAGUCUGGGGCCCUAUUGGAGAGUGGCAAGUUCAAAGGUAACUACUACGGGACGCCCCGCCCAGUCCACAUUGGCCCAGACAGCCCACCAAUCACGUACCAGGAACACCGGAACGUGCUCCGGAACUUCAGGACGCGCAGCAAGUCGCUUAGCAACCUGGAGAAGGCUGUGGAGGAGGGAGAGAACAGUGAGGAAGACUCUGGUCUGUCAGCGGGGUCAGUAGGUGCCAGCAGUGCCCCGCCCACAGCCAAAUCUCUUAGCCAAUCGUGGGAAGGCAGGGAUGGCGUCGGAGAGGAGAACGGAGGGAGCGGCAUCGCCACACGAGGAGGAGUGACACUGCCAGAGAACUGGGAGCUGGCCUUCAGUAACUCAGGAGAGGCUUACUACAUAGAUCACAUCUCUAAGACAACCAGCUGGCUGGACCCCAGAGAUCAGAGCAGGGAGAUCCUCAGCGAGACAGACAUACCUGCUUUCACGGACCAGCCAGCAGAGCUAAAGGGUUACUCCAUCCACACCCGUCUGUCUAAAGGGCUGCAGGGGUUCGGCUUCAACAUAGUGGGAGGAAGCAGGCGGAGAGAGUUUCUCCAGGUCUACAGCGUUACACCAGGAGGACCACCCGCUCUCAACACAGCUGAUAUCCUGGUCUACAUCAAUGACAGCUGUGUCCUGGGUCUGUCUCAUAAAGAGGUGGUAGAGAUGUUGAAGUCUGUCCCCAUGGGUCACAGUGUGGACGUUGUGUUACGUAGAGGCUAUCCCAUGCUCUACAACCCAGACGGCUGUCCCAAACAACCCCUGACCUCCUCCCCCUCCUCCUCUCCUCGGGAAGCCCUCAGCGCUGCAGCCACUCCUCCCUCCACAGCCACUGCCCAGUCCCUUUCCUGUCCCAGCCCUGCUGAGCACCCCCACACCCACCCCCCCGGCCUGGCUAACCUCAAUCGGACCCUGUCUCAUCACAACGGCAACUAUCUCAGAGUGGCGGGAAAAUCGGGGUCAGGGCUGGAUGCUAACGGGAACGUGGCACCACCCUCCUACCCGCUGUCUAACGGUGUCCCGGGCUCUUCUGCCAGCUCAGCCUGUUCCCCCUCCUCCUCUCACAGUAGGGGCAUCCCCCCUCCUCCCCCUCCUGAAUCAACCUCCGCGUCCACCAGCCAGAGUGACUCAGAGGCCUUGGGUGGAUGGACACAAAGAUGGUCUCUGAUGCGCUACAAUGGUAACUCCCUCCCCACCUCCUCCUCCAUGGUCCAACAUCGGAGUGACCUCUCCACCUCCACCCUGCCCAUCUCCCUGUCCCACCCGGAGGUGGGCACCGCCACCACUCCUGGUGCCCCCUGCCAGCGGCCUCCCGUGCCCCAGACGUCCCUCAUGGCCGGCCCGCCUACGGAGGUCCCCCCUUGCGGCUUCAACGGCUGCCCCGCAAGCGCCCACCCCCGGAUGCAGAGGGUCCUUCAGGAGCACAUCAAGCAGGGAGAAGUAAUGCUGUUGGUUGACAGAGGAGGGUCCUUCCUCUCUCCUGUCUCCCCUAACCUCUACAAACCCUUCCCCUCUCCGCUUGGCCCCUCUUCCCUCUCUCACGGCCUCCCAUCCCCAUCCGACUUGCCUUCCACCUCCACCACAGAUGCCUUGGUGCCCCUGCACCUCCCCCCCAGCCACAGUGGCCUCGCCCCAGCCUCACCCUCCAAGGAACUCCCCUCCUUGGUCCAGAGUACCUCCUUCCUGGACUCAGUCCCGGUAACCAUCACCCUGGAGCCCAGGGACUGGCUAGGAAUGGAGGAGGGUGGUGGCCCUGGGCCUCCAGCCAUGCCCCCUGGAGGUGGGGGAAAAGGGAGUUUGGGGCUGGGGGCCAUGGCCAAGGGCCCGGUGGACGGUAGAGGGGGAAGGGCCCGGGUGUCAGUCAUGGGUCAGGAGGUGGAGCUACGGAGACGGCCAGGGGAGGGGUUUGGCUUUGUCAUCGCCUCACAGGACCUCGCCAAUGGGGCCUCGCCCAUGCUGUCCCACAGGUUUGUGACGGUGCGUGGGGGCAGCCCUGCGGCCCGGUCAGGUCAGAUCCAGCCCGGUGACCAGCUAGAGGCAGUGGAGGGGCGGUCCAUUGUCACCCUGCCUCACAGAGACCUGGCACAGAUACUGAGACGUGCUGGAAACACACUCAGACUCACCAUCAUACCAAGACUUAACCCCAACUCCUCUAAUCUGUCAGAAGGCCCAGAGUUAGAGGCUGACGGCAGGACAAGGAAAAGCCACAGACGGAGGCCCAAGGUGAGGCUUCAGCAGGACCAGCGUUACUAUAGUGUAGACCUAGAGAGAGGUCCUACAGGUUUUGGCUUCAGUCUGCGGGGGGGCAGUGAGUACAACAUGGGCCUGUAUGUCCUGGGACUGAUGGAGGGAGGACCUGCCUCGCGCAGCCACAAGAUACAGGUGAGUGACCAGCUGGUGGAGAUAAAUGGUGACAGUACAACAGGAAUGACCCACAGCCAGGCCGUAGAGCAGAUAAGAAGAGGAGGACAUCGUAUACACCUGGUACUGAAGAAAGGAAAUUUACGUCCCAGACUAUGACCAUGAUCCCAGAUCAGUCUCCUUCUCUCUCUACCCAGAGGAUGCGAGUGUGGCUGCAGUAGAUAAGACGCGCUCCCUGCCAAGGAAGAGUGAAAGGCUGGAUGGAGGAGGAGGGGAGAGGCAGAGUAAAGGAGGUAGUCUGGGGGGAAUGAGGAGCAGAGGAAGAGGUACUCCUGACACAGACUUGGAUUGGCCCGAGGAGGAGGGUCAGGUGGUCAGUCACAGAGGUGAGAGUUUAGGGGAUAAGGACAACGGGAAACGCACCCAGAGUUUACCCAAGAACAGACAGGAAGUAGAGGAGGAGGAGGAGGUGGUGAAGCCCAGCGAGUCCAAACGGAGGUCAAAACAGCAGAGGAGCAGGGAAAUGCAGAGUAAGGGGAAGAAGAACAGGAGAGAGAGGGGAGAUGAGACAGAGGAGCUUCCCAUCAGAAACACAGGUGAAGGUAAGGGGGAAGAGAGGAGGAGGGUGAGAGAGAGGGAGACGGGGGGUAAGAGGGAAGAGAGGAGGAGGGAGAGAGAGCGGGAGACGGAGGUAGAGGAUUCCAGACCUGCAGAGAGAGUACCCUUCUCCUUCCUCAAGCCGCUGCAGGAUGGAGAGGCUGAGCUGUCUAAUGCAGAGUCAGGGGCAACAGGCACCUCCGGAGACAGCUUCUCUGACCAGGUCAGCCUGUCUGCAGCUAGCAUCUUCAGUUCCACCGCCCAAGACCCCAGAGACCAGAGAGGUGACCCCUGGAGCACCCAGUCAUGGCUCCGGGCCAACCAUGCAUCCCACACCCCAGGCCCCUGGAGCAGCACACAGCCACAGAGGGCCACCGACAACAGUCCCUGGAUUAAACCUGACCUGCAGAUGUCUCAGGUUUUGGUGGGACACAGACUGACAGGAAACAGGCUGAGAGGUCUUGACCUGUAGAUGAUAGAUAAUCCUGUUUAGAGGUUUCCUGGAGUAUUUACUCGUAAUUCCAGAAUUUGUCCAACCAGGAUUUCUAGAAAACCUGGGACUUUACCUCUUGUCUGGGACACUUCCCUGACCACUGCACCACCCAAUGGCCUGUUAUCCCACCUCUUGACCUGGACACAUUAUCAUACCCGUGAUUCUACCUACCUAACACCAUUGCCUAUAGAGGUCCACUAUCAUAUUGGAGCUAUAUCAUAAUGAUUGGUAUUAUCUUCAACAUAAAUCAUUGUCAUCACGACUUUUUUAUAAUGAAUAUGCAAGUAACAACAACAUCAAACAUCUCCUCAUAUCAACCCUCUCUACAAAACAGACAGCAGCUACAUCAAACAUCUCCUCAUAUCAACCCUCUCUACAAAACAGACAGCAGCUACAUCAAACAUCUCCUCAUAUCAACCCUCUCUACAAACCAGACAGCAGCUACAUCAAACAUCUCCUCAUAUCAACCCUCUCUACAAAACAGACAGCAGCUACAUCAAACAACCCUCUCUACAAACCAGAAUGGAUUGUUAGCACCACCUAGAGGCUAUAGUGAUGUAUUAUAAUAUGAGGACCACUAUGUUAACAUUAUAAUAUUCCACUUUCUUUAUAUCAUAUCAUGUUUGCAUUAUAUUUGAUUGUAGAUAAUUUAUUUAAUUUUUUGGGUGUAAAAAUAUUUGACUGAGAUUUAGAUAAAUGAUGUGCCUCCUG